AUGGUGCGGAAAUUGAAGUUUCACGAGCAGAAGCUCCUUAAAAAGGUCGAUUUUAUCGACUGGAAGGAUAAUAACUUAAAUGAAAACAAAAUAAUGGCAAGAUAUUCAAUUCGGAAGCGAGAGGAGUAUACCUAUUACAACAAAUUAUCCAGAGAAGUAUGCUUUGUUUGUUUUUUUUUAAUUUUUAGGUAUAUAAUGAUCUUUGAAUCGUCUUAUUAUAAUUUUCGAAGGUGUUGGAUGAUAGAAGUUAUUUAAAAGCGUAAUUAUGUUUUAGUAUCUUCUGGCAAUGUACUUUUCUUAUUAUAUAAUUUAGCAGAAUUUAGGUCAGAGAAUUGGCAAAGAAGAUAAAAGAGAUGCGAGACAAGAAUCCAAACAAAAAAGUAUUUAUCAGGCAAUUACUUGGGAAAUUGAACGAUGCUGGACUUAUUGUUGCUGCGGACACAUUGGAACGAGUAGAUAAGAUCACAGCGUCGACCUUUUGUCGGAGAAGACUUCCAACCAUGAUGACCAAGAUUGGAAUGAUGAAAAGUGUAAGUUUCCGUGUUUAGUACACUGGCUGUCAAAGUCAUAUUUUUGUGAUAAAAUGUUUUGUGGAACAGCUGAUUGAUGUUUUAUAGUACUUUUCUUUAUAAUAAAGUCUUGUUUUAGAUACGCCAAGCUACACAAAUGGUGGAAGAAGGUCAUGUUCGAGUUGGUGCCAACUUGAUAACGGACCCAGCGUAUUUGGUAACGCGAGAACUGAGUGACUUCAUUACAUGGGCACCUGGAUCUAAAGUCGGCAAACACGUUAAGGCUUACAAUAACACUGUCGAUGACUUUGACGACUAA